ACGACGAAGACGACGGCCAGCUUCCUACCCGGAUUCAGCGUUUCCCCCAUCCUCGAGGUCACCAAUUCCCAAAAUGCUUUCUCAGAAGGUUGCUCAGCAAUCGCUGCGGCGGCGUACGUGCUUGUCUGGUCCUCUAACGAAUUGCGCUCCACUAACUUCAAUGUUGCAGUCGCCGUCCAGCAGCCCUACGCUUUGCGGUGGUCUUUGAUGAACUCGGUCUCUCCCGCCGCCGUUGCUCUCGGAAGAAACAUUCAGACUAGGUGAGUUGCUACGCAUGUUUUCCAUCGUUAUCGUGACGAUUUCGACUCGGAGGAGAGGGGAACGGGGGAGCGGGAUUCGCGAUAUUGAAUUCGACGUCAUGAAGCCAGUGUCGCCAAAGGGGAUGGAAAGCAACGACUUCGCUUUGCUAACAUGGACAUCAGACAAGCUGCUACCUCCUCCAACUCCUCCGACCCUUCCAAGCUUCUCGCUCAGCAGCGCCUUGUCCGCCCGGUCUCUCCCCACCUUUCCAUCUACCGCCCCCAGAUCACAUGGAUCGGCAGUAGUAUUCACCGUGUCACCGGCCUCAUGCUGUCCGGAGGUCUGUACCUCUAUGCCAGUGCCUACCUCGCCUCUCCCAUGCUCGGCUGGGAUCUGGGCUCUGCCUCUGCUGCCGCCGCUUUCGCUGCUCUCCCUGUUGUCGCCAAGGUUGCUCUGAAGGCUACCAUGGCGAUGCCCUUCACCUACCACUGCAUGAACGGAGUGCGCCACCUGAUCUGGGAUACUGGUGCUGGUCUUACCAACGCCCAGGUCAUCAAGUCCGGCUGGACUGUGGUGGGUUUGAGUACCAUUAGCGCUCUUCUUCUGACUUUCCUGUGAUAUUGUGACAUACCUCUGAUUCUUGUUCUGUUCUAAAACAUUUUCGUGCAAUAUAUUUCUACCAGUCAAUUGAUGACUAUUUUUGGGUUUACUUCUCUAUUCUCUCAUUCCAGAUCUGAACUAUGUUUUACAAUUUCAGGCGGUGAACACGCCAAUAUGUAGGAGAUUCCUCGAUAUGGAGGAUGGGUGUCACAGUCG